AUGGCAUCAUCGAGCACCCCCCACCCAGUGUCUGCUCCAUCUGAAUCCCCAGGGGGCAGCAGGGGUGGCCCCGCCCCGUGAAUGUGUAACCUGGGCCCCGCCCCAGGCCGGGGCAAAGUCUCCUUGCACCGGAACGCAACGCAGAGAUGGGGUCGCUGGGCCAGGCGCUCCUGUGGCUGCAGCUCUGGGCGCUGGCCCAGGCCGCAUACAAAAUCUGGGUCUCCAACACUGACUUUGACACCGACACCAACUGGAGCCAGAACCGGACUCCAUGUGCGGGUGACACCAUCCAGUUCCCGGCAGACAAGAUGAUGUCGGUCCUGGUGCGCGGAAGCCAUGCGGUCGCUGACCUGCUUCUGCCGCUGGAUGGGGAGCUCGUCUUGGCCCCAGGAGCGGGGUUCAGCGCCGCCCCUGCGCCCGCAGAUCUGCACAGUGACUGCAGCCCCAGCUCCGGGGUUCCCGUGUUCUUCCGCAACCCGGACCGCUUCUCCUGGCUCGACCCGCACCUGUGGCGCUCUGGUGACGAGGCGCCCGGCCUCUUCUCCGUGGACGCGGAGCGCGUGCCCUGCGUCCACGACGACGUCGUCUUCCCGUCCAACGCCUCCUUCCGCGUGGGGCUGGGCCCCGGCGCCAGCCCGGUGCGCGUCCGCAGCGUCUCGGCACUGGGGCAGACGUUCACGCGCGACGAGGACCUAGCCGCUUUCCUGGCGUCCCGCGCCGGCCGCCUGCGCUUCCACGGGCCGGGCGAGCUGCGCGUGGGCUCCCAGGCCUGCGCCGACCCUUCCGGCUGCGAGUGCGGCAGCGCGGAGACGCUGCCGUGGGUCUGCGCCGCGCUGCUCCAUCCCUUGGGUGGCCGCUGUCCCCCCGCGCCCUGCCGAGAUGCUCUGCGGCCUGAAGGCCAGUGCUGCGACCUCUGCGGAGCCGUGGUGUCGCUGACCUACGACACGGCCGCCUUCAACCUGGAGCGGUACCGCGCACGGCUGCGGGACACCUUCCUGGCCCAGCCGCAGUACCGGGAGCUGCAGGCGGCCGUGUCUAAGGUGCAGCGCGACGGGGACACCUGCGUCCAGGUGGUGCUGGUGGAGUCCACGCCCGGGACGGGUGGUGCUGCUGGGCAGCUGGGACGCGCGCUGCUAGCGGACGCAGAGCAUGGUGCGGCCCUCGGGGUGCUGUCUGCGGUCCUGCAGGAGUCGGGCGCGCCCUUGGAGAGCGGCUCUGUGGAGGGGCAGGUCUCCCCAGGAUCCCGCUGGGGGCUUGGGGCCGGCUUGGCCGCUGCAGGGCUGCUGGCGCUGCUGGGGUCAGCGUUGCUGCUGGGAUACCCCGGCUGGCUCAGGUGGAGACCUCUGGAGGCAGAGUCCCAGCUCACCAGGGAGCCUGAGGGCUUCUCCAACCCUACGUUCAAUGCAGCAACCUGGGAGAAGCAGCCCCCAGUGCACCUGUCCAGCCUAGCCCUGAACGUAGACAACAGCACCUGCUACUUCGUGAACCCGCUGUUUGCAGCUGAGACUGAAGCCUGACUCCCGGCACCCACCUCCUGCACAGCAGGACCCCAAGCUGGCAGCCUCACACCCUGUGCCCCAGGGCACCCCAAUAAAGGGCUUUCUGCACUGCCA